GCUGUCUCGUUAAGAAGCACAGGCCAGUCUAGGCUGUUAAAUCCCACAGCCGUCUGGGGACUCCCUCCCCCCUCAUCCAGCUUCCGAUGGAGCCCCCCCCUACUCGUGUCUGCUGCCGGCUGAGGGAGGACCAGACCCACUCUCAAGGGUCACUAUAAAAAGUCAAUCACAGCUGCAGCCCAGCCAGACGGCUGCACUCCACACGUGUGAGAGAGAAGAGGGGGAGCGAUGGACAGAGGACAGUGAGCGCCAUCACACACACACACACAUCUGCCAGUAGCUUCGCCAUGUCCUUCGCCAUGCUCCGACAUGCCCCCCCUGCCCGCUUCCUCUACCCGGACAUCAGUAUGCUUUCAGACGACGAGGACAGCGGGAGCGACAGCUCAGGUUGUGGCGAUAAAGGCUUCCAUCACUCCGACAGAAGUGGCAAUAGGGGAGACAAAAAAUGCCUGCAGCUGCAGCGGGAACCACGGCAGCGUCACACAGCCAACGCCCGCGAAAGGGACAGAACCAACAGUGUCAACAACGCCUUCACGGCCCUGCGCACGCUCAUCCCUACAGAGCCGGCCGACCGCAAGCUCUCCAAAAUAGAGACUCUACGCCUGGCAUCCAGCUACAUCUCACACCUUGGAAAUGUACUACUACUCGGGGACACCUGCGGGGACGGGCAACCCUGCCACACUAGUACACCCUACUACCAUCACCCAACCACUGCCAGCCCCAAACACAGAGAGGCCGAGCAAGGCCAACCCAAACAGAUCUGCACCUUCUGCCUCAGCAACCAGAGAAAGAUGGGAAAAGACAGGGAGAGGAAAACGACCAUCAGAACCUAAUGAAGGCUACGGGGGCAGCACAGACCCCCAAUGAUACCCCCAAAUCACAAACUGAAGGCAGACCCCCCGCCCUUCUGCAUCAACAGCCAGGAAAAGAGCUCUGUCCGUUCAAUAACUGGGGGAAGCCGACCACGGCGAGACGGAACCUGGGAUGAAGCUGGAAGACGGACGUGUACCUGAAACACAAGGCGAAGGGGGCGGCAGCCAGAUUCCAAGUGUGGUACAGAGGAGGGCAGAGCGGUGCACCGCUAUCAGAGCCUCAGAGAGAGAGGGAUGGACAGUGCUCUCUAGUGACCCCUCCUGGAGGAGACACGCUCCUGCACAUGUUCCAUAAAGACUCUUUUCUUCUCCAUUAUAUCAACUGCCCAAAUCACCAAGCAGCCAUCGCCACGUAACCCCCGGGGGCACAGUCAUCGCCACGUAACCCCCGGGGGCACAGCCAUCGCCACGUAACCCCCGGGGGCACAGCCAUCGCCACGUAACCCCCGGGGGCACAGCCAUCGCCACGUAACCCCCGGGGGUGCAGGUAUCUGCACGGUACAUAACUAUAUAUAUGUUCCUAGCACCCUCCGUCCUAGACCGGGGUCAGAACAUCGGAGGGAUACUGCGUAACAAACCGAAUCCUAGCGUCGGUAGACGCACCAGAGAACACAUACGCUCCUCACAGGGAGUUACUAUCUCUCCAAAUCCUAUGAAAAAUAAAUAUAUUAAGCCCAACAACCUGAUAUUUAGUCUACAAGGAUAUUACACGGAGACGGACACCCUCCCAGCAUGCAACGCGGUAACCGUCAUGUAUCAGGGUGGUGACCCAUGAACCCCCGCCCGGGACACUUUGUAUGUAUAUUAUUUAUCAUGUCUGACUAAUCAAUAAAGAGACGUUGCUUAUUUACACAGAA